GCCCCAUCCCCAUCCCCAUCCCCACCACCUACCCCUGCACCCGCCACCCCAGCCGCAGGCCAAUCCCAGGCCUCGCCUCGGGCCUCCCUCCGGCCUCUGCCUCCCUCCGUUCCCCCUCCUUCUUUGAUCCCGUUCAUUCCCGCUUUCCCCACCCCCCCCAGCGUAUUCCCCGGUCCAGCAUCCACCACAGACUGUACACCAGCCUCCUCCACAAACUGUAGCCGGGCCUCCACCCUCAAACCGUACCCCAACCUCCACCAAAGCCCCAGUCCCUACCCCAGUCCCACCCUCCACCCACGCCUCAAGCCCAGCUACAGCCCCAGUACCUACCCCACGCCCAACCUCCGACCCAGCCUCUGAGCCAGUCUCUGCCCAGCCACAGCCCAAGCCUCUACCCCAGGCCCAGUUCCAACCGCAGACCCAACCCCAGGCCCAGCUUCAACCCAAGCUCCAGUCCCAGUUUCUACCCCAGACCCAGCUCCAACUGCAGGCCCAGUCCCAGCCUCUACCCCAGCUCCAGCCCCAGCUCCAGCCCCAGCCCCAGCUCCAGCCCCAGCUUCCACCCCAGCAGCAGAAGGCAGCAGGCCCAUCGGACCCGGUCCCCGAGAAGGAGCCAAUCAGAGAGCCUGCCGCUGGCUCCUGCUGACAUACAGCCUGUGCCCACAGAGGACCCAAUAAGCUGAACAGAGACAGAGACACGGACAUGAACAGGGAGGUCAGUGAGGAGGGGAAGGUGGAGGAAGGGAGGGAAGAGAGGUAGCGGCACAGGGAAGCCCCGUCGCGUUAGGAGUGAGACACAGGUCUGAGAGUGGGAGGGAGCUGCAGGUGAUCAAAAGAGGGUCAAAGUGUGACGUGGAAAAAGCCGGACAUUUAAAGGAGGAUGAAACAUCUUUUGAAAUGCUGAGUUUUAAUAGCUGCAGGGAUAAAAGAGUGGCGAGGGCCUGGGGGGAAUUAAUGUGAGUGAGUGGCAAGCAAAUUCAAAAGCCCUGCUACAAAGUGCCACUUGUUGAAGAGUAAAUUUGAACCACUCGUCAAACGAGAGCUGGAGUGGAUUUGCACAAAAGAACAUCGGCUGAUGCACACAUUAUAAAAAUGAUUGUUUAAGAGUACAACAUAGCUUAUUUUUGGCAUUUCAUUAUGAGGUUCCAUUACUCAAUUCAUGCACAAAAAAACAGACAUAACACAUUACUCUUAUAAUGAAUGUAAUUAAAGGUGUUAGGUAAGAUUUAAGAGCUACAAUUUGAGCAUCGUUUGUAAGAAAUGGCCUAGCCGUCCGUCAUUGAAAUGCGCUGUGAGAAUAUCUCUUCCAGUUGAAUGUGUGCCUGCCUCUCUAUGAGCCAAUUUAUAUUUCAAAUUGUUCCCUGCUUCAAUGUUGGAUACAAUCAGAAAAUCUCCUCCCUGAUCGGUAAAAAUAAUCCAUCUUGCCUGUGAGUCCCAGGUGUGUGAACACAAAAAAAAUGUCAAUGUUGUAGAAUUGUUUGGAGACAGGAAGACGAGGGGACCUAUUUUGGGAUUGCUCGUUUAUUAUUUAAUGCUGCUCCCUAUCGCACUUUUUCUGCUCUCUCUCUACAACUCAAAAAUCUUACCUAAAGCAGCUUUAAUUAAACAAGUAUUGUUUCAUCUCCCUUUUGACGGGUGUUACAGUCUAACCAUAGCUAUCCAGCGCUGAACUUACCAUUGAAAUAGACCGACUGUUAAGUUAACGUGGGCUCCGUCGGUCUUUGACUCUCUCUUGAUGUGAAGAAAGAAAGGAAUGAAAGACAGCUUCAGGGUUGGAUCUUGAAUCAGCCACUUCAGUCAGGUGUGUCUCUGUCUCUCUUUGGCCACUUGGGGGCGCUCACUACUUGCCCCACUACACUAUUUGAUGCAGAUCUAUGGGUACAGGCUCUCAAUGUUAUUGGCAUUUCAUACCGCAUAUAUUUGCCUUGAAUUUCCCCACAAAAGACACUUUGGCAAGUCUUUGUUUUUUAUUUUGUUGUACUUUUAAUUUGCUGUCUUUCUUUGUGGCUAUCUUUCCCCCCCGUCAUAUUGAUUCCGCCUCUUUCGAUUGUCAACCUUAGAUUUCCUCCUGCUCAAUGCAGCCUAGCAGCAGCUUCCCUCAAGACAAAAAUAAUAAAUAAGAGAUAGUCAUUAUUUUUUUCUGCAGUGCGCCAAGUCUUGCAACUUGAACCCAAGAUGAACUAUAUAGAACUCACCGACCAUCUCAGAACCGUCCAGGAACAUGCGGUUGGUGGCAAUGGUGGCAAAUGAAAAAAAAAGCGGAAAUCUACCCUCACAGCAGCUGUUAAUCAUCUCAUCAUGGUGUUGGUGUCGUCCUAAAUGGAGUCUUCUUCAGUGAUGAAGGUCUUCCUCCUCUUCUACCUCCCUUUCCUUUAGACAGUAAUCAAGUCCGGCCCGAAGGACUCUGCGUGCCGUGCGUGUGUGAUGUCAUUUGCGUCAGUUAUAUUUUGGUCUUGGGUUAGCUCACAAAUGACUCCCAAAAGACCAACUGUCAAAAGGAAAAGCACGCUACUGCUAUCUGUUUUCCGAGCCUACAGAGUAUAAGUGUUUUUUUUUGGGGGGGGGGGGGGGGGGGGUGUUUGGUUGUAAAAACUGUAUGUAAGAUGAAGGGAACAAUGUUAAUGAUCACAGAAACAAACGUUGAAGAUUGACAUUAUAAUAAUAAUAAAUGUUUAGAAAUUAAUAUCACAAUUCGUUUUUUAUACACAUUACUUCGCUAUAGACAAAGUUGUGUUAAGUGAAAGAAGCAGGGUAGUUAAGACUGCUGAAAGGGUAUGAUGAACACCCACACAGGUUGGUCAAACAUUAGCCAAUGAGUGUUUCGUUUUUUUCUGUUUCAUCACAAUAUCAAGUAAUUGUGUAUUCUGUAAGAGUUAUUUUAAGUGGCCCAUUAAAAUAGGCGUCAUUGUUGCCUCUGUCUCCUCUUUUUCUUUGUCGAGCUCAAUGUUAUUGGUGCAUGAGAUGUGUUUUUUAGCAAAAGUACCUCUUGUUAUGUUGUGCUUCUUUCUGCAAGUAAAGCAGCUCAUACAUCAUGAUGGAUUCUGUAGACUCUUCAUCAUUGUAUCUGAAUUUCAGAAGUUUACCUGAUAGAGAAAGUUGCUGAAAUUCAGCUGAGCUAUUCUAAGUGAAAGAGUGAAAAACAGGCAGACAAAAAAAAUAUAUCAGGUCACCUGAUGAUAACAAGUUACAUUUACAUGACAUUAUUUGAGGGUAAUGCAAGCUUUUGUACAUUAGAUGGCAUCAAAUAUAGAUUUUAUCUUUCAUGAGAAAGUGACAGUUUUACAUAGAUGGCAUAGGGAAGAGAAGUUCCGUUUUAUAUUAUCAUUUGAGGAGAAAAACUUAUCUCACCAGAAGUGUUCAUAUUCUGCAACUUAUUAGCUGAAUCAUUCUGUAUGUUCAACAAAACAUAGAUACUAUCCUUGACUUUUCUAUUUAUAUUCUUAUCCAAUAUACAUCAUUAGUCCAAGAGUUGUGCACAGAAAUAACAGUCCUCUUUUAUUAAUUUUUUGGUCUAUUGUGUCGCAUCAUCGUACGAUGAUGUCAAUGGCUAAUUGAGGCCCUUUCUCUCCCUUCUCAUUACCCUGGUAUGGGCUAAUACACCUAUUGCAUCCCAUCCACAAAAGACAUACCAGCAGAUUCUGAAAGGUUGCAGGUCUUUCUGUGGAGAUGACGAAGACGAAGAUGGUGAUCUGUUUACCUCAAGAAACUAAUUAACAAAAAAGAGACCUUUGUUGUGUUUUUAUGCCGGUUGCUGUUGACGUCCCUAAAGAUGCCGGUGGGGGUGGUUCUGAGUGGUAGUGAUGCUGAUGGAGGUGUUGGGUGUUGUGGACAGCCUAUGGUGGUGUUUGUGUGUGUGUAUAAAAGCGAAAGCCUGACCACUGCUUUUCGAUAAGGUGAGAACUUCUGAGGAAUCGAGAAAAACACCGGAGAAAAUGAAGUGGUCCUCCACAGUGUCCCAAACACCUGCUGGGGUGGAGAAAUCAGUGCUCAAGAGAAGCCAAGUCCUCGUGUUAGUGCUGCUUGCGUCUCACACGCUCUGCGACGCUCACAGCGUGUCGGCGUCGUGCUGCAGCAGAGAGCCCCCCCGCGCCUGCCGCCUCUAUGUGUUGCUGCUGUGUGGCCCGGUAGGCGGUGCCGGCCGGGCGCUAGGCGGGAUGCAUCUGGGCGAGGACGCGUCAGUAGGCAUCCUCACUCUAGGGAAGCGCGAGGCGGAGGAGCAGCACUUCCACAGUCGGCUCCACCAGCUUCUCCGCGGUGGCGCGCAGAAUCAGGCAGCCGGGAUCUUGACUAUGGGCAAGCGGUCUGAGGAGGAAGAGGCGGUCGGGCUGCUCCUGCAAUGGGCGCAGCAAGACUUCACCGCUUGAUGGAGAUGGAGAGGGGCGGUUUCAACAACUGCCUGUUGCUGGGGACUUUUUUUUUUUUUAUGAGAUGAUGAAGGAAGAGGGAAAGAAAAAAUAUUUAGUUGAAUUUAAAAAAAAAUAUUUACAUUGGAAAUAUAUGUCAACGGAAACAAUUGUGUUGACCAAAUGUUUCCAGAUCACACAAAAAGUAAUACAAAUGCACCCAUAUAAGCUCUUUUGAUGGAAUAAAAUAAAAUCUGUGUUAUACAA